AAGAGAAAAGGAGGAACUAUCUUUUGACGCCGCAGCACACAUAAUUUUUUUUGAGGUUGCUUCUCUUCCGCCGCGCACCCGUGUUCACUGUCUCUGAGGUUGCAGGGUUUCACGACUCCAAUGGCGGCUUUCGACCACUUCGGAAACAUGUACGAAGUCGCAUUCAAGCCCCGCCUGCUUCUCUCACUCAUAAGAGACCAUCUUCCCGACGAGAAUAGUACCUUCUCCGACCCCUCUAAACUCUCAAAGGCCGUGUCACUCGUAAAAACGCACUCUCUUCUAUCCGAGUCUUUCCUCGCAGACUCCACGUCCGCCAAAGUAAUCGAAGCCUGGAAGUCCGCAUUUUCUUCAUGGCUCAACCGCAUAUUCUCCCUCCUCUCCACCUCCAUGCCUGAUAAAUGCUGGGCGGGGAUCUCUCUGCUCGGGGUGACAUGUGAAGAGUGCAGCUCUGAGCGAUUUCUGGAGUCUUACUCUGCGUGGUUCAACAAGUUGCUGGCUUUUCUACAGUCACCAGCAGAUUCACAUCUAGUGAGGGUAGCGGCUUGUGCUUCAUUGUCUGAUAUAUUUAUAAGGUUAGAUAUUUUUUUUCCUACCUUGAGACUAUUAGUUGGUACAAAUAUUGGUCUGCAAUGUAGAGUGCUCAUGCUUGAUGCAUCUGAUUUCUCUCUCUCUCUCUCUCUCUCUCUCUCUCUCUCUUUCUGCAUGCUACUGCAUGGUUGUCACCUAUGUCAGCAAUAAUUUUUUCUUUCUCUGUUAUGCAUAAUACUCAAUA